AUGGAUAUGGAAAUAACAGAAUCUACCAGCAUUGAAAAUAACGAAGAAAAAAGUAAACCUACAGAUAGCCAAAUAUACACUGAUUCACCAGAGUCACGGAGUGAAAGUAGCGUGGAUAGUAGCCAGAUUAUCGAUCAUCUUAUUCAAAUGGGUGUAAAGGUAAAUAAAAAGGAUAAGACUGGACGUACUGCUCUGCACUAUACAGCUUUAAGAGGCAAUACUGAGGCGACACUUCAACUUAUUGAAAACAAUGCAAAUGCAGAGCCAGAGAUGGAUAUGGAAAUAACAGAAUCUACCAGCAUUGAAAAUAACGAAGAAAAAAGUAAACCUACAGAUAGCCAAAUAUACACUGAUUCACCAGAGUCACGGAGUGAAAGUAGCGUGGAUAGUAGCCAGAUUAUCGAUCAUCUUAUUCAAAUGGGUGUAAAGGUAAAUAAAAAGGAUAAGACUGGACGUACUGCUCUGCACUAUACAGCUUUAAGAGGCAAUACUGAGGCGACACUUCAACUUAUUGAAAACAAUGCAAAUGCAGAGUUGAAGGAUUUGGAUGGAAAGACGGCACUCCUAACGGCUAUUUGUAGCCAAAAUAUUGAAGUUGUGGACAUUUUAUUUAAACGAAUUGUUGAUAUACUUUGUGCUGAUAAAUUUAAAAGCAAUGUGGUAAGUGUACGUGAAUAA